CACUGUCGUCAUCGCAUCUCUGAAGAUGGCGAUGGGGAGGUCACUGCGACGUUGGCUACAGGGACUACCGCCGAUUCUGACAUGCCGCCGCCAACUUGGCCUCCCCGCGAGCUAUUGUCAGACCUAUUGAAGGAUAUCGGGGGAGCAGAGCAUAUUCAAAUAUUCGAGGGUGUGGAAGCGCUCGAGGCGCCCAUGAUGGAGCGAAGCGGUAGCAUCAGUAGCAGCGACAGCAGCGAAAUAACAGCGUCGCCGUCGUUGUCGUCGCCGUCGUCGCCGUCACCACCACCACCACCCCCGAAAUGGCAGGUUCGAAGCAAUCCACCACUACCAGAGCCAGGAAACGAUUUCACCCUCGAAGAAAGCCUCCCCGACCACUAUCGGAUCGACCCCGAGGGGAGACCGAAACCCUACAUCGUUCCGAGCAAAGGCCGCUUGGAUUCGACCCGUCUGAUCGAGCAUCACUCGGGGAAACUCAGCUCGAAAUGGUUGGGGGCACAGUUACAGGCGAUCAGCGAAGAGCGCAUGCAGCAUUCUUGGAAUUUCUAGUGGGAUGCCAAGGGCACCUAUCACGGCAAGCGAGCACGCCUGAAAGCUCGCGCCUGUCCCUCGUCGCGGCAUUGUACUCGCGUGCCGACGCCCACCCGAGUCAGGGAAUACGAUUACACGCUGCGCGGCUGCGACGUUCCGAUCCUCCCACCGACUCCGGAGAAGCCGAAGGCGACUUCGCGAUCUCUAAAGAAGGACAGCCGCAAUUGACGAAUAGUGGACAUCAACCCCCGAGCUCCGUGAACAGCGACGACGGCACUGCAAACCGUACGAUCGUCCCAUCAACGACGCCAUCGCGCCUUCACGAUUCCGGCGUACCAUCAAAUCCGCCCAUUUCAAUCAUGGCCGAUGGAUCGAAUUCGAUGUCUGCAGCGAGAUCAAACAACAGGACGCCGGCGAGAUCGUUUACUUGAAUGCAAACGAGAUGGGACCGGCAUGGGACGAUGCCAUUGAGGAAUACUGGAACUACGUCCGUGUUUCGAUCGAUUGGGACCGAUGUAAGCGGGAUGCCACGGAUCUGGAAGCGUCGUUCGGC